GGUCGGUUGAUGCGUAUGAGCGCGUUUGUGAAGCGAUGCAUUCUGUAUUGACUUUGCAUUUAAAUCAUGUUUUACUUUUUUCAAGCAAAAUAUGCUUCUGCUCAUCCGUGGUUGGCCUUUAAGAUUCACGUGUGUGUGCUGGCGUCAUGCUUGUAAUACUGACCGCAUUAAUCCAAUUUACGUACAUAGUAUAUAGGCGCCAAUGUGCAGCUCAUGUGACCAAGGUUGUGCCAUGAAAAAUCAAUGAAAAUUAAUUAAAACGACAACAUGUUAACCUUGGUGCGUUUAAUAAAACGCCUACCGGUGCAUGUAAUUUAUAAAAUGCCGGUACUCCUGUGUGUGUACUAUGCCGUUGGAGUUGGACGGCCAAAAUGAAUGACAGAGAUGCUACGGGACGAUAAAACGGCGGUACAAUCUCCGUGUGCCAUCACGUGGGAAUAAACAGCAGCUGGAACGCGCGUUAUUCGGCCUUUUUUCUCGCAAACAAACGGAACCUGUUUUGUGAGUGUAUCGGCUUUCGUGCUUGUGUUUAUCUGGAUGCAGUGUCGGAUUUCUUGGGUACCUUUUUCCUUCCACGGUGAAAUUCUUUCAAUAAACCGACCGUUCAACUGCAGCAGACAUAUUGUCAGAUAUUAGUUUUCAUUUUCCAGUUUUGCCGGUGACUUAUUUUACCGGUUGAAAUUGCAAAAUCCGUCCGACAAACUAUGGCGGAAAGUCAGCAAGAUUUAAUUUUCAAUCCCUUUAUCGCCACCGUGUUAUGUUCAUUGUACAUUCUUCUGCUGAUCGGCGGUUUAAUCGGGAAUAUAGCGCUGCUGUUCGCCGUUAUUUCCCGAUCGGCCCUGCGACGCAGUUCCGCGCACUGUUUGAUCGCCAACAUCGCGCUGGUCCACUGUUUCCUCUGCCUGACCAGUAUACCGUUCACCGUCCUCCCACCGUACCUGGGCGGCUGGUAUUUCGGCUGGAUAGCCUGUCACGUAGCGUUCUUGGUGACGUCGGCAGCGGUCAUUAAUUUGGCGCUGACCAUUAUCACGCUGGCUGCGGAGCGCUAUUACAGUGUCAUACAUUGUCAACAGGAUUUUGUUAUUUUCUCUUCGCGUUAUGUGUGCGUGACGGUUUUUUUGAUUUGGAUUACCGCCAAUCUUAUCUCGCUACCAUAUGCUGCUUACGCAAGCUAUGAGACCAAUAGCAACACAACAGCAGUUCCCCAGUGUUCGGAGAAUUUCCCCGACACACCACGGAAAAUCUUCUGGACCACCACAUUCCUGAUGACAUUUUCUAUACCAUUCCUUAUCGGCCUGGUAAUCUACCGGAGCGUCUUUAUCAGCCUGGCGCAAACCGUGUUUAUGGAGAAGCUGCGGUCAGUCAGCGUCGCCCGGGAUGCUGCAGCCGAGCGUCGCACCAGCCUCGUGGCCCUGAAGAUCAGCGUAAUGCUGGGUGUGUGCUGGCUGCCACUGCACCUGAUGAAUGCGUUAUACGAUUUUGCCGGUAUCUCCUUGGGACGAUACGGGAGCACCCUGCAUCUUGCCGUGCACAUUAUCGCGCUGACGUCGGUCGUGCUGCUGCCGAUCAUAUGCUUCCGGGGAGACGAGAGCUUCCGAGCAAGCGCUGGCAGUGCGUUAAAGAAAAAAGAAGUGGAUAAUGGGGAUAAAAAACCGACACCAUUUGUAACUAAAUCGCAGAAUGAGCCGCUCCUUGAAUGGUUGUAGUUUAUAAAAUAAUUGGCUAAAUCAGUGGAAGUACGAAAGACUUCAAAACCAUUUUCUGUAUUGCUGAAAAUAGUCACGAAGCUUUACUGCAAUUUAGUGGCGUCAAUAUUAUCGUAUUACCGUAUAACCUUUUCCGUCCCUUAGCUAUCGAAACCUGUUGUAUAAAAAUAAAAAGACUGAAAUGCUGUAAUGUUAAGUUAAUGUACGUAUUAAAAAAU